AGGCUGGUGAAUGGGACUAGUCUGUGCUCAGGCAGACUGGAGGUGAAGUCCAACCAGUUUAACCAGUCUUGGUCCUCAGUGUGUGACGCUGACUUUGACCAGCAGGAUGCAGAGGUGGUCUGUAGGGAGCUUGGCUGUGGGGCUCCUUCAGUCCUCCAGGGGGCGCUCUAUGGAGAAGUGGAGGAUCCAAUGUGGACCAAAGAGUUCCAGUGUGGAGGAACUGAGUCUGCUCUCCUGGACUGUAGAAGCUCAGGCUCAGAUAGAAACACCUGCUCACCUGGAAAAGCUGUUGGACUCACCUGCUCAGAGUCUGUCAGGUUGGUGGGAGGAGACAGUCGCUGUGCAGGAACACUGGAGCUGAAACAGGGAGAAUGGAGACCAGUGAUUGACUCUGUUUGGAACCUGAAGGAAGCAGCUGCUGCCUGCAGCCAGUUGGACUGUGGCUCUGCUGUUUCUGUAGAACGGAGAGAGGAGACCUCACGGAGACCUGUGUGGAGGAUCAUCAGCUCUGACUGUGUUCAGUCUGGAUCUGCCCUGAGAGAGUGUGCAGCAUCAGGUUCCUCUAACUCCAUCCUGAAUCUCACCUGCUCAGACCUGCUGCUUCAGCCCAACAUCUCUGCGUCCUCCUCCGUGGACGGGGUCUCCGAGGCCCAUCAGCAGGGGUUUCACGUGCUCAGGGGCUCCACCUUCACCAUCAGCUGCUCCAUCCAGCCACAGUACCCAGGAGGCUCCUUCCAGCUCAACUUCACCUCCUCCACCUCAGCACUCAACUACACCCAGCCGGCUGUCAAUCACUCCGCCCACUUCCUGUUUCCUGCUGCAGAGCCCGCCCACCAAGGAAGAUACAGCUGUGUUUAUCAUGUCUAUGUUUUUUCUCACGACUUCUUCUCUGAGAGCCGUCUGAUCUCGCUCACUGUCGCAGGGCACCAGGGGGCAGAGGCCGAGCAGACGGGAGAAGGCUGA